CUCUUUAUAUAAUGUUUAUCAAUGAAUACAAUGGUGCAAUGAUUCCAAGGAACAACCAGUGCUCCCCUAUCAACAAGGAACAAGCAUGGAGAUACAGAAACAAACCAGCUGAUUGGAAUUGAAAAUUAAAUAUUAAUUACACGUACAUAGGAGAUAUCAAUAAAUGAUGAUUUUGAUGUAAUCUUUCAAGACUGGAAUAUGAUUUAACUAGAAUAUAAAACAGUGAAAUAGUGGAAAUUGAUAAUAUUCGUGUCAUUUUUUUAUAUACACCAUGAUCUACUAAUGUACUGAUUGGUGACAUUUGUAUAAAAUAACAUUUGGCGAGAUCAUUUCAUUGGAUUAUCUAACAAAUUUUGGAAUCACGAGGCAAUCUCUUCGGAUCGGAAAGCUAAUGACAUGUUACUGGAUAGUAAAAAAUCUAGUUGAAGUGCGUGUAAGUUGAAGUGAUCUCUCGCUGAUACUAGACCAUUUGCUUACGUGAACUGGUGAGAAAAAAUACAGGUACACUGUAUUAAAACAAACUACGAAUGGAAAUAUAACAAAUAAAGAAUAAAAUCGUCGGCAAAGUCAGUCUUGGCGAUCAGGUCAAUCCCAACAAAAGGUCAACAACACUUGAAAGGGAAAAGGCGCUACCCUAGUCAUAAAAAUAAGGAAACCGUGGCAAGCCUAUCCUGCUAUACUAGACCAUUUGUUUUGUUCUUAUCAAAGGACAAAAACUAGAAAAACGAAGACCAGUUGGCAGGUCUAUCCCACAACCCAUCAACAAACCCAAGGAGAUAUGGCCACAACAUCAGUAGCGUGGCUUGCCCCAAGGAGGACAAGGUCCCCUAGUGAGGCGUCCUCGAGCACAAAUCAUCGCCUCAGCCUUCACCAGGUCCUCAUGAACAAGAGCUUAGCCUACCCCCAGAUAUGGACAGCUACUAGCGAGUGGAAUAUGGAGAGACGAGAACCGUAUGGUAACUGGAAACAAGACAUUCAGAAUCAAAUACAUCGUCUGAGUAAUGAACUGAAUGAAAGAAGAUUGAAAACGGACAGAACUGGCUUCAGUUACGAUAUAAACGACCCAAAUGGGUACUUUAAAAGAUCAAAUGAUCACUAUGACAAUAGUAACAAUACGAACCCAUACGAGCGCUUUCAAAGCCUGGAUCGUAGUAAAUCAUCAAUUGCAAGAAGACUGGACAGGCAAAGGUCAGCGCCACCUUUACACAGGUACCCACAAAUCCAAGAUGAAUGUAUGCCAGAAGAAGGCUGA